GGCUGUGGAGCUGCACGUCCUGACAGAAGACGGCUGGGUCUCUGAUGGCGUCGCCCGGCCCAAUCUGUUCUGGCUGUCCUCGGAGCUUCUGCCUAAACUGGUGCGCUGGGGCUCCGAGUCCAGGAGCAGCGAGUUCAAGAGCACGCUGUCCCUGCUGCCCGUGGAGAAAUACAGCAUCACGUACCAACACCUGAAGGAGAAAUACAGAGCCAUGGUGAAGGUUUGGCCUGAAGUCACGGACCCAGAGAAGUUUGUCUAUGAGGAUGUUGCUAUUGCUACGUAUCUGCUG